AUGCAGCCCAUCUCACUGGAGCCUCGUGCCAUACCCACUCUGCAGCCUAUCUCACUGCAGCCUCUGGCCUUACCCAUUCUGCAGCCCGUCUCACCACAACCUCCUGCCAUACCUACUCUGCAGCCCUGGUCACUGCAGCCUCUGGCCUUACCCACUCUGCAGCCCUGGUCACUGCAGCCUCUGGCCUUACCCACUCUGCAGCCCGUAUCACUGCAGCCUCUGGCCUUACCCACUCGGCAACCCAUCUCACUGCAGCCUCUGGCCUUACCCACUCUGCAGCCUAUCUCACUGCAGCCUCUGGCCUUACCCAUUAUGCAGCCCGUCUCACCACAGCCUCCUGCCAUACCUACUCUGCAGCCCGUGUCACUGCAGCCUCUGGCCUUACCCACUCUGCAGCCCGUCUCACCACAGCCUCCUGCCAUACCUACUCUGCAGCCCUGGUCACUGCAGCCUCUGGCCUUACCCACUCUGCAGCCCAUCUCACUGCAGCCUCUGGCCUUACCCACUCUGCAGCCCAUCUCACUGCAGCCUCUGGCCUUACCCACUCUGCAGCCCAUCUCACUGCAGCCUCUGGCCUUACCCACUCUGCAGCCUAUCUCACUGCAGCCUCUGGCCUUACCCACUCUGCAGCCCGUCUCACCACAGCCUCCUGCCAUACCUAUUCUGCAGCCCGCGCCCAGCACGGCCCUCAGCUCUGCAACAGGCGCACCAGCACGGCCCUCAGCUCUGCAACAGGCGCACCAGCACGGCCUUCAGCUCUGCAACAGGCGCCCCAGCACGGCCCUCAGCUCUGUAACAGGUGCCCAGCACGGCCCUCAGCUCUGUAACAGGCGCACCAGCACGGCCCUCAGCUCUGCAACAGGCGCACCAGCACGGCUCUCAGCUCUGCAACAGGCGCCCAGCACGGCUCUCAGCUCUGUAACAGGCGCACCAGCACGGCCCUCAGCUCUGCAACAGGCGCCCCAGCACGGCCCUCAGCUCUGUAACAGGCGCCCCAGCACGGCCCUCAGCUCUGCAACAGGCGCCCAGCACGGCCCUCAGCUCUGUAACAGGCGCCCAGCACGGCCCUUAGCUCUGCAACAGGCGCACCAGCACGGCCCUCAGCUCUGUAACAGGCGCCCAGCACGGCCCUCAGCUCUGCAACAGGCGCACCAGCACGGCCCUCAGCUCUGCAACAGGCGCACCAGCACGGCCCUCAGCUCUGCAACAGGCGCCCCAGCACGGCCCUCAGCUCUGCAACAGGCGCCCAGCACGGCCCUCAGCUCUGUAACAGGCGCACCAGCACGGCCCUCAGCUCUGCAACAGGCGCCCCAGCACGGCCCUCAGCUCUGUAACAGGGGCCCAGCACGGCCCUCAGCUCUGCAACAGGCGCCCAGCACGGCCCUCAGCUCUGCGCCCAGCACGGCCCUCAGCUCUGCAACAGGCGCACCAGCACGGCCCUCAGCUCUGCAACAGGCGCACCAGCACGGCCUUCAGCUCUACAACAGGCGCCCCAGCACGGCCCUCAGCUCUGUAACAGGUGCCCAGCACGGCCCUCAGCUCUGUAACAGGCGCACCAGCACGGCCCUCAGCUCUGCAACAGGCGCACCAGCACGGCUCUCAGCUCUGCAACAGGCGCCCAGCACGGCUCUCAGCUCUGUAACAGGCGCACCAGCACGGCCCUCAGCUCUGCAACAGGCGCCCCAGCACGGCCCUCAGCUCUGUAACAGGCGCCCAGCACGGCCCUCAGCUCUGCAACAGGCGCCCAGCACGGCCCUCAGCUCUGUAACAGGCGCCCAGCAUGGCCCUCAGCUCUGUAACAGGUGCCCCAGCACGGCCCUCAGCUCUGUAACAGGUGCCCAGCACGGCCCUCAGCUCUGUAACAGGCGCCCCAGCACGGCCCUCAGCUCUGCAACAGGCGCCCAGCACGGCCCUCAGCUCUGUAACAGGCGCCCAGCACGGCCCUUAGCUCUGCAACAGGCGCACCAGCACGGCCCUCAGCUCUGUAACAGGCGCCCAGCACGGCCCUCAGCUCUGCAACAGGCGCACCAGCACGGCCCUCAGCUCUGCAACAGGCGCACCAGCACGGCCCUCAGCUCUGCAACAGGCGCCCCAGCACGGCCCUCAGCUCUGUAA